UAGCAGGCAGAGGAUGGUGUGUCUGGAUGUGACAGCUCGGCAGUAUGAGAACUGUCACACAAGGCUAGUGUGAUGUCGCCUGUGUGUGCAUGGCCAGUGUCACCCUUAUCAGGACUCUACUUAUAAGGGGAGGUGCAGUGAUGAGGACAGCCCUGAUCCUUCACAAAGCAAUGACGUGCCUUUCUCAUCAUCAGCAUCCCUCCAACAUAUAAAAAAAAAGAAGGGAGGUGAAAGCAUGCUGAUGUGCUAUGCUGUCAGUGCCUGCUUCUAUUUGGAUGAUAGGAGCUGCUAGAUCAGCCUGUGCUGUGGAUAUAACACAUGCUCCCUCUGCAGCUGACAUCCUGGAAGUGUCUUGUGUCAGCCCAUCUACUCAUCAUCCCUAAAGACAUCAGCUGGAGGAGCUUUAUCACACUUCCAGGACUUGUGUUCUUGGCAGAGCAUCUCUGGUUUCUGAGUUCAGGACUUCUUCUCCACUGGAACGUCAUGAAUGAAAAAUUGGAUGUAAAUGUGUCUAUAUGGAAUCCGAGGAAAGCCAUGAACAGGACACAUUCUAACAUAGACCCAAACAUAACAUAUGUGGACUUCUACCUCCAUCGGCCAUCAGUAGCUGCAGUUUUCAUCAUUUCAUACCUGUUAAUCUUUAUCCUUUGUAUGCUUGGCAAUGGAGUGGUUUGUUUUAUUGUUCUCAGCAGCAAACAUAUGCGAACAGUCACUAAUCUUUUUAUCCUAAAUCUGGCUGUCAGCGAUUUACUAGUUGGGAUUUUCUGCAUGCCCACAACACUCCUGGAUAACAUCAUUGCAGGAUGGCCAUUUGGCAAUACAAUCUGUAAAAUGAGUGGCAUGGUUCAAGGAAUUUCUGUGUCUGCAUCUGUAUUUACAUUGGUGGCAAUAGCUGUGGACAGGUUUCGCUGCAUCGUUUAUCCAUUCAAGCAGAAGCUGACCAUCUCUACUGCUGUUGUCAUUAUCGCAGUGAUAUGGGUUUUGGCCAUUGCUAUUAUGUGUCCAUCUGCAGUUAUGUCACAUGUUAAGGAAGAUAAACAAUUUCGAGUUGUUCUAGGCAACAGCAAUCAAACCACUCCUGUUUAUUGGUGCCGUGAGGAUUGGCCUAACCCACACAUGAGAAAGAUAUAUACCACUGUACUGUUUUCCAACAUCUACCUUGCUCCUCUCUCCCUGAUUGUUAUUAUGUAUGCCAGGAUAGGCAUUACUUUAUUCAAGAGUGAACUGAACGUUGAUAGUAAGAAACAUCAACAGCAAAGGCACGCUGUUUCCCGAAGGAAGCAAAAAGUUAUUAAAAUGCUGAUUAUUAUUGCUUUGCUGUUUAUUUUAUCUUGGUUACCUUUGUGGACACUAAUGAUGCUGUCAGACUAUGCCAACUUGAGUGAGCACCAGUACCAAAUAAUCAAUAUUUACAUUUACCCUUUUGCACACUGGUUGGCCUUUUUUAAUAGCAGCAUCAACCCCAUCAUUUAUGGUUUCUUUAAUGAGAACUUUCGCCGUGGGUUCCAAGCUGCCUUCAAACUUCAGCUAUGUUCAGAAGAGAUGGAGAGGAGAACCAUGUACUCACAUCGGGCACAAGGCAAUGCAAUUUUACCAGCCACAUCACAAAAUGCUGGGCGUCAAGGAUCAGCUUUUGAAAAGCAGAGCAGUGAUGAAAAAGAAUCUGACAGACGAAUGCCACUAAAAUGUGACCAGGAUUUAAUCAUGGAGGAUUUGGAAAAGAUGUCAAAUAAUAAUGGGAUUCAGAAAGACAUGGUUUAAAAAACAAACAAAAAAAAAAAACACUUUAAUCAGUGCAUGUGUUGCAUUUGGUAAAACAAGAAAAAGAAAAAAAAAACAUUUUAAUUACAGUACCACCAUAUUUGCCAUGACAAACAAUUCACACCCACAACUAUUGCCACAUUGAAAUUAUUCCAUUGACUAGUGCCAUACUUUUUUGUAAAGAGCUUUGUACAGCCAUUACAUGGAUUGCCUGUAUAUACUGUCAGUUUUUAUGUAUUGCAACAACAGUUUCGAAGCACUAGUAAAUAAAGCUAUUGCUUUUUUGUGAA